GAUCAGACUUCCACAGUUACUGAGGUGGUCUCUCCGCCGUCGCCGCGCGAGGAUGUUAACGUCAACGGAGGCUGCGGGAAUCAGCUGUUAACUGCGUGACGAGAAGACACCGUGGAGUCUGACAUGGAGGAGUGGGGUCAAGAUUUGACAGAAGUUAAGGGUCAGUAGGGACAUUUGAACGGAAACAGUGGAUUCGUUAGUAGUGCACAGGGAGAAUUUCAAGCUUCGUGGACACUGAAGGAGGCUCAAGACAUUUUUGGACAAGACUGGUACAACUCCUGCUUUCAGCGUCACGCUGAAUGCUCUUUUGAAAAUACCGUCGUGUUGUGUGUGACCCACCAAAGCGCCGAGAAUGUUUUCGCUCUUCAUGAAACCUGUACAAACCCCGCAAACUGGGCACUGAGUGACCUUUUACGCACGGGAAGCGAUCUGUGGCCACGUAUUUGGUUUUCAUGUGGAUGAACUUUGCACGACAUUUUUAAUGAUUCGUGAUCUGAGCAAGAUGUACCCCGCCGCCCGGCAUCAGGUCCCACACCAGCCGGGCCAGCCGUUCAAGUUCACCGUCACCGAGUCCUGCGACCGGAUCAAGGAGGAGUUCCAGUUCCUUCAAGCCCAGUAUCACAGUUUGAAACUGGAGUGUGAAAAACUGGCCAGUGAGAAAACUGAGAUGCAGAGACACUAUGUCAUGUACUAUGAAAUGUCAUAUGGACUCAACAUUGAGAUGCACAAGCAGGCGGAGAUCGUAAAGCGGCUGAACGCGAUCUGUGCCCAAGUCAUUCCCUUCCUCUCUCAAGAGCACCAGCAGCAGGUGGUGCAGGCGGUGGAGAGGGCCAAGCAGGUCACCAUGGCUGAACUCAAUGCCAUUAUAGGACAGCAGCAGCUCCAGGCCCAGCACCUCACACACGGCCACGCCAUUCCUGUCCCCCUCACACCGCACCCAGCCGGCCUCCAGCCCCCUCUGCCCCCUGGCACCAGUACUGCCAGUCUGCUGGCGCUCUCCUCCGCUCUGAGUCACCAGCUGCCGCUCAAGGACGAGAGGAAACACCAUGAUAACAGCAGUGAACACGUGAGAGACAGAGACUCAGUCAAGAGCUCGUCUGUGUCUCCCUCAGCCAGUUUACGGCCCACAGAGAAGCACCGCAGUUCAAAUGAUUACUCCUCCGACAGCAAGAAACAGAAGACCGAUGACAAAGAUUUAGCCUCCACGCGCUACGAAAGCGAUGGAGAGAAGAGUGAUGACAACUUGGUGGUGGACGUCUCCAACGAGGAUCCCGUCUCUCCUCGAGGAAGUCCUGCCCACUCUCCUCGAGAGAACGGAUUAGACAAAAGUCGCCUGUUGAAGAAGGAUGCUCCCCUGAGCCCUUCCUCCGUUGCCUCUUCCAGCAGCACACCUUCAUCCAAGUCCAAAGAGAUUAAUCUGAAUGAGAAGUCCACUACUCCUGUGUCCAAGUCCAGCACCCCCACAUCCCGCUCUGAUGCCCCAACACCCAGCAGCACCAUCACACCGGGUCUGAGGUCUGGACCUGGAAAACCGACAGGUGUCGAGACGCUGCCUCCUGGUCUUCGCACACCGCUGGCACUGCCCUGCUCGUAUCCUGGGCCAUUUGGUAUGGUCCCUCACCCCGGUAUGAACGGAGAGCUGAGUGGCGCCGGAGCAGCUUACACGGGCCUGCAUAACAUCUCUCCACAAAUGAGCGCAGUGGCGGCUGCUGCGGUGGCAGCUUACGGACGCACACAAGUGGUGGGAUUUGAUCCUCACCACCACAUCCGUGUCCCUGGCCUUCCUCCCAAUCUGUCUGGCAUUCCUGGUGGAAAACCGGCCUACUCCUUUCAUGUGAGCGCUGAUGGACAAAUGCAGCCCGUGCCUUUUCCUCCAGACGCGCUCAUUGGCCCUGGCAUCCCGCGCCACGCGCGGCAGAUCAACACCCUCAGCCACGGGGAAGUGGUGUGUGCUGUCACCAUCAGUAAUCCGACACGUCACGUCUACACCGGCGGCAAGGGCUGCGUCAAGGUGUGGGACAUCAGUCACCCGGGCAACAAGACCCCUGUAUCCCAGCUGGACUGCCUUAACAGAGACAACUACAUUCGCUCUUGUCGACUUCUUCCUGACGGGCGGACUCUCAUAGUCGGUGGUGAGGCGAGUACUCUGUCCAUCUGGGAUUUGGCCACUCCAACUCCUCGAAUAAAAGCUGAACUAACGUCAUCGGCACCUGCAUGUUACGCUCUGGCCAUCAGCCCUGACUCAAAGGUCUGCUUCUCCUGCUGCUCUGAUGGAAACAUAGCUGUCUGGGAUCUUCACAACCAGACUCUGGUCAGGCAGUUCCAGGGCCACACUGACGGGGCCAGUUGUAUCGACAUCUCUAAUGAUGGGACCAAGCUGUGGACUGGAGGCCUGGACAACACCGUCCGGUCGUGGGACCUGAGGGAGGGACGGCAGCUGCAGCAGCACGACUUCACCUCCCAGAUCUUCUCACUGGGAUACUGUCCAACGGGCGAGUGGUUGGCAGUCGGAAUGGAGAACAGUAAUGUGGAGGUGCUGCAUGUCACCAAACCUGACAAGUACCAGCUGCACCUGCAUGAAAGCUGUGUGCUCUCACUCAGAUUCGCUCACUGUGGGAAGUGGUUUGUGAGCACGGGAAAAGACAAUCUGCUCAAUGCAUGGAGAACCCCGUAUGGAGCCAGUAUAUUCCAGUCCAAGGAGUCGUCCUCAGUGCUGAGCUGCGACAUCUCCAUAGAUGAUAAGUACAUUGUGACUGGCUCAGGAGAUAAGAAAGCAACAGUCUACGAGGUCAUCUAUUAGACGGGACACAGUCUUAAACAACACUAUCCCUCCGUUUGGACAGUCUGUGACGUCUCCGUCGCCCAUGUACAAAUUUCGAUGUGUAUGGAAGGAUUUGGAUUUUGAAGAGAAAAAGACCAAACCAGACUUUUUGACUUCCUGGAUGGAAAGGAACAAGCAGAACCAAAGCUGCUGUUUUUAAAGAGUUCCUUUGUUUUGCCGUGAGAAUGAGUGAACGUCUCGGUGUUCAGUGAGUGUGGAAUGGAUGCUAUUGUUACAGCUCUGGCUAGAUAACAUUCCUUUCAGUAACACUUUUACAAAAGCAUCGGACAUAUUUGUGUUUUUCUUCUUUCUUGUACACUAUCAUUUGUGAUACAUUGUUCACACACAGUAGUCUGCCUUUGUGCUUUCUGUCGAUGUGGAGGCUCGGAAACUAGAACUAUGUGUCAGAUCAGGGCUGAAACAUUCCUGACCAACGCCAGACGAUAUCUGUGCACAUCUUGUGUACCUGCAAAUUAUCUUAAACGGAAGGGGUUAAAAUGGGUUUUUAAAUGGUUAAAAUCAGUGUCACACAAUGUCACCACCACUGUCUCAUUUUGAGGGGGCCCCAUGCAGUGGCCUGUUUUGCAACGCCCCUGGAUUUUAGCGGAUUCACAGACAAUGAGCUGCAUUAACCUUUUGUUGAUAAUGCCUCGUCUAUAUGCUCGAUAUGUUAUUAGCUCAUACAUCUUUUGCCUUACCGUCUAAACGUCAAACUUCCACCAUCACGUGUGUGAUGAUUGUGUGCAGAACACUUAGGUAACCUUGACAAACAUGUACACGACCGCUUAUUCUUACUAGGACUUACGGCACAAUACCUUAUUAUUAGGAAAUCCUUAUCACGCUUAUGUCUGUCAUGAGUGGAAACUGGGAACACAAAGCUUUGGUUCUGUGUAAAAAAUUGCAGUUUUUCCUCUUCUCAUCUCCGUAAGGUUGCGGGGCAAAUGGUAGGGACUCUGAGUUUAUUCUCAAUACAAGUUUUAAACAUCUAAAAAUGUGUCGAAGACACGCUGCGAUCGGUAGUAGACAUUUCAUCUUGUCCUUGUUGCUUUCACGAAUGGUUUAAAUGGUUAAGAAGUGUAAAAUAUGUUGAAUGAUCUUAAAGAUCUUAAAGUGACAAUUGUCAAAAAUAACAGCGUAUAAGUGUUUCCACCUUAUUUCAGUCUUUCUCUCUGAUUAAAGAAACACUAGAUUGUUUUUGAUCCACAUGUACAUCUCAAAGAGAAGAACUAAAAUUUGUAUCAGCAAACUUAGACCUUAAAAUACAAGUUGCUGCCUUUGUCAUAUAUUUUCUGCUCCUUGAAUGUUAUUUAUUGUGUGUGUGUACGUUUGUGUGUCUUUUGAAACGGUGGGCGUUGAACAAAUACAUAAGACAUAUUGCCCUCGGUGACCUCACCACAGACUGACCUUUGCACUCGGUUCUUCCCCUUCACGUCAGACUUUUCUGGACACUUGCUGGAUUCUGUCCGACAGAUGUCAGUCAAACUGUUCAGCAAAGCAGUCGUGAUUGUUCUUGGAUUUACUUUUGUCAGCUUGUAGAAAUAACACAGUGCCUUGAUGCCGCUGCGAUUCUGACUCCAUUUCGCUGAAGACUCUGCUCGAGUGGUUUUUAAUGAUUACUGUUGUGUAUCUUGAUCGACUCAUUAAAAAGCAUAAUUUAUUAGCAAAUUAACAUAAAUGUAUCCCCAGAUUAACCAGGUUGGUUUGUACCGAUUUUCUGUACUCCAGUUGUCCUCAUAUAUAGGCUUUAUAUGAAACUGGACGUAGACUUCAGGUUGCAAAACUAACUCCCUGUAAACCUUGACAUUUGCAAUUUGGCUGGCACCAUGACAACCAGAAAAUACACAGACAUCACCAGGCUCAUAUUGGACGAUACCUGCUGUCAUUCACACUAUCUUCUACUCAUGUGUCUAUUUUUCUCUGAAUUGACAUCAUGCUAACCUUCACUGAUGGGUUUUUUUUGUUUUUCAACCAGCAGACUCAACUUCUGACUUAACUUACUGUUAUUUACAUUCUACUUCCUGGGCUUCUCAAAACUACGGCAAUUUCAUAUACAGUCUACGGUUGUCUUCCUUUUUAAAAUAACCAGGACCAAACUUUGUUUCACCUGCUGCAGCUGCAUGUGAAAUACACUAUUUAUGACCACUGCUGUUUCAGUUUGACUGUUUAAAGCAUGGUGCUGGAUUACAAAACUACAUUAUUCACUUUGCUACACUUUUCCUGCUAUGAAAGGUUUUUUUUUCUUCCCGAUGCAGUUUUGUUGCAGAGCUAUUAUUCUACACCUAUAUGAGGCAUCUCAUAUACUCUACAGAAAACACUGUAAAAAGUAGUUAUUAGUCAUAAUUUGAUCUGAAUCCUAUACAAUACCCCAAAGGCCUAAUAUCAGCUAACCUGAAUCUUAAAUUAAGUGCCCAUUUUAAAGUUUCACACUACAUUUAAAUAUCUGGGAGUGCUAACCCAAAGGUUAUGCGAGUGUAUUCUGUUUGUGCAAAUAUGAAAGUAUCUAAUCCUAAAAUAAUACUCAUAUUAAAGAUACUGAUACUGUUAAAUUGGCUGAUAAAUGUACAGUAUAUUUACAAAUGUGAACAUAAACGCACAGCUUUUCAGUAUUGUCAUUUUUUUAUACACUUUCAUUUUUCUUUCAAAUAUAAUGACACACAUUUUAAAGGCUAAUAGGACACAUUGUUUUCUGCAUUGUUUUCUCUGUAAAAUCAAAGUUUUCAUACUCAUAUAUGCACAUGAACGCUGUGUAAAAGGCUUGCUAUUAUUGGUCAUUCAUUAAAUUGGUUGAGCUCUACAUCAGA